UUCCGUCAAUCAUCGCAGAAUUGUAUGAACUGAACUGAAGUUGGCUUUUCUGAGAAUUUCUGUAUUCCCAAAGUUUUCUUCUAUUUUAUAAAUUAAAAUUCGCGCGUAGAGAGGUUUAAAUAUGGAGGGUAUAUAUAAAAUUAAUUUAGUCCCAAGUGAUCUGAGCGUUGAGGAGACGAUACUGCAGAUUGCAGACACUUUGGAUAAUCUCAACGGUAUCGUAGACGAUGUAUUUGCAAGGCUGACGACACGAAUCAAGCAGAACAUGGAUAAGACAAUGAAACUCCACGAGAGAGUAGAGAUGUCGAGGUCGAAAGUAGAGAAGUUGACCGGCAUGCAGAAAGCAAUCAAAGUUUUUUCCAGUGCCAAGUACCCGGCCGCAAUAACUCACGAACAUUAUCAAUCAGCUUUUGACGCGGAUGGAUACCAGCACAAGUCGAAAAAGGUUACUCUGAGUGGAAAAACUCAGGGGCAGUAUAAUGAAAAGGAAUUACAGGAGAAACUCCAUUUCUACCACGUGAAAGUGGCAGAACCUAAAGACUCAAGGCCUAAACCAGAUUUCAAUUUAAAUAGUAUGAUCGACAAGCUAUCGAGUGUCGGUGACUUACUCAUAUUCAACACCGACGAGAGUCCUUAUCUGGGCACUAUUCGGCCGACAGCAGCGUACGUACCAACAGUGACCUCUAAGGUCGAGAGUAAGAGCCUACUGGAAGCGGCGCCCAGCUCUAUUGUGAACAGAGAUGUUUUGAAGCGCGAUGCGGAUGAAUAUCUGUAUGCACCAGGAAUGGGAAUGGUGCCGGAGCUGGAAAUGCCACUAGACCUUCCGCACUUACCGGGCAUAGCGGGCGACGUGCAGUUCUCAAAUACUACUGACGGGUCGAUAGCCCCAUCAGUUGUGACGUCACCAGUGGCGCAAGUCAUGCCUGUACCAGAGUUGGAACUCCCGGACUUGAAAGAAUUACAAGUUGUUCGGGAACCAAUAGAAGAGGUGAACGUGCCUGUGUCGGUAGUGCCUGACAUCCCUGACGCGCCGCCCCCGCCGCCGCCUGCGCAGGCCUUGCCUCCUCCACCGCCGCCGCCGCCCCCUCCACCACCGCCGAUGGACAUCGCGCCCCCCGCCGAUAUCCAACGGAAAGAGAAGGCUCCGUCGUCGACUCCAGCGCCAGCGCCUCCAGCCGGUGGCGACGCCCACUCUAACCUCAUGGCAGCCAUCCGCCAAGCAGGCGGAGCUGGUCGUGCCAAGCUCCGCUCAGCUUCCGAAUCCACACCACAGAAGGGCGGAUCAGUACCUAGCGGCGGUGAUCUGAUGGCGGAUCUCCACGCGAAGCUGUCGAUGCGACGCCGAGGCAUCUCUGGGGCUGAAAGGGCAGGAGGCUCGGUCCUGCACACACUGGCUAGCUACAUACCUGAACCUGAACAGUCCUCGCCUGCACGAUCAUCCAGCGACGACGACUGGGAAUAACCGGAUACAGUAACACUUCGAACUAAUUAAUUUAAGCUUAGUUACAUACUGAAUUAUGACUAUGUAAACACAGGGAAGUUAAAUACGAUUCUCUCUCACUCAUCUGCUCCAAGAUCUUCGCAGAUCUAAAUAAGUAAUGUUCCAUUGUCAAGACGUAGCAACAUUAUGUUAUUGAAGCAGCCUGCUGCCUGUUAUGAAAACCUGGUACCGACUUACAAGAGUACAAAGGCUCAGAGCCAAGAGCAUAAUUGAAUAGCUCCAUCCUUUGCUCACAAUUUAUUCAUACUACAGUAAUAAUGAACGUAAUAUCAAAGGGAAUAUCACUCUUUAAUUAAAGUCGCUACCGAAAUAUACAGCUGUAAGUGCAACUGCACCAUUUUAAUUGACGGACAAAAAUAAACCAUAUUCUCUACGGGCCAAGCUCGAGUUUUAUACACAAGAAAAUAAAUACGUAUUAAGUUUUAAAUUAUGAAAGAGUAUAUUAGUAUAGUUAAAAGUAAAGGGAAAUGUAAAUUUGUACAUUUAUAUAUUGGAUGUUAACAGUUUGUUUAAAGUUCGUCAUAACCGCUUUUUUCCAAAUGCGUCUUUUUCUUCCCCGGUCCCCAAUUAGAGGAUCUCUUACGAUAAUUUUCGUGGUACUGCCAUCUGUAUGUUCUAAGUAAAAACACAUUAAUUUGUUCUCCGAAAACUCGUUAUCGAUUGUUGGUCGUAUAAUAGGUAUAUUUAUGUCCAUUCCGUAUUAGGUUUUUAUGUUACUCUAAUCUUCAUACCUUCUCGGAAGCAGUGGGACAUACAAUUCCGAAUCGAUUAGAGCUAACCUUUACAUUGACCGCAUCCGAAUACUUAGAACGCUCUAAUUUUAGUCUAAUCAAAACGUUUUUGUUCGGCUUAUGCAAUGAAAACUAUCCGAUUGUUUACAUUAGUGCACGAGUUGUUUGCUUUAAGUGUUAGAAGUUGUUUCCUAAGAUUUUCCUCAAUUCCCGGUACGUCCACGUAUAAUAUCUCCGAGUUGGUUAGCGUUGUUUGAAUAAUAUUCAAGUUUUUGGGAACAUUUUCCUUGUUCUAGGGUAAUUGUUGAUGUUGUAUAGUUAUUAUGGUACACUAUUAACAUUCAGUGUCGAUGUGUUAGCUCCGUUGUUUAAUGUCAUGUUUACAUAGCUAAGGGUACAGUGUAUUAUAUAGGUACGUAAUUAUGUCCAAUCGUGGACUGAAAGCGAAAGGCUGAGUUGAUUGAUGAUAUAAUGUUCUAACUUUCUUAGUGGCGUCAGUAAAAUACGGUGAAUUAAAAGGAUAUAAAAAUAGUCUAGCUAAAUGAGUCAUUCUUAAUUAUCUAUUCAUUAUGUAACUAUAAGUUAACUACGUCACUAAUAGCACUAGCGGUACAACACUAACGUCACGGACUUCUACGUCACACGUUGAUGUUCCGUUCUUGAAUUCCUAGUAUACUAUGUAAAUUCUAUUCCAAUCGAAAGCUGGCACUAAUCUAAUAUUUACACAUUUUCAAAGUAAAUACUAUUUAUGAAAAGUAUUUUGUAGCAUAAUGUAAAUAUUUUAUAAUCUAUGUAUUUGUAACAUUUGGUCUAUUUCAAUUAUUAAUAUGUAUUGUUGUUGGAUAAGUAAGAAGCCUAACCGGAACAAUCCAAUUGUGGCCGUGGUCGGCAGUAUUCCGUGAAAUUUUUAAUAGUCAAGUUCUAUUUACAAACAGAGAUUGGAAAGGGCUCUCGUUCCGGGAGGUUAUUACGAUAAUCGUAUUUCUCACUAGUGACUAUCUCGCUUUCGUUUCUAGGAAGGUGCUCGGCUACAUUAACAGUGUUCCCCGCAAACUAUCAACUGGUUCGGCUGAUUAGCAUUUCCAGAAUUGAGAAAAAGCUGCAACAUGACAGCGCUCUACUUGUUCAUGUGCUCGGGUUGGACCAUUUCUAAUUGAUACGUUAGCUACGGCUUAACACAAAAGUUAAACAUGCGCCCUAGAUCUGAACUGAGGUGAUAUUGUAUGAAGUAAUAAAUUAUUCAUGGCUGCGAGCGUCAUUCCAAGUACUGCUAAAUGUGGACUAAAAUUAUCGCGGAGGAUGGAAUCUAGGUUGUUAGGAGCUGCUUGUGAUGAUUGUGCCUACCGCGACAGGUGCUAAAUAUUUACGACAUUAGGAAUGGAGUAAUGAAGUAAAGUUUCGCUGUCCAAACUAAAGUGUGUAGUGAGUGCAUAGCGAGAAGUUAUUGUAAGGUCAAGCAAGACUGGUUAUUGUAGCGGGGGACUGUCGGGGAAUGGUAGUGUUGACGUAGUCAGCGAUAUUUCACACGCGGCGCCGUGUUUAUUGGCAAUGAGCGAUGUUACGCAUAUCCAUAUUAUCCAUUGCCAAUGUCCGCGCGCGCGCCUUUGUACUGUCUGUGCAGUACGUCCAAUACAUUGCAUUUCUUCACAUUUAUGAAAUUGAUACGUAGUUCACAUUUUACACACCGUUUCAAGUUUAUUGUUAGACCUAUAUUGAAUGUUGUGGUAAAUCAAAUGAAAAUAAUAGAUGUUUAGCACUUUGUAUACGUGGAAGUCACUUUGUAAUUUGGGAAACGUCUUACGUAAAUAAAUACAUACGUAGGAAGGUAGGACAUGGUUGACAUCGAAUGAUUAAAAAACCCACACAAAAAAGCUAAUAUACUUGUAGUAUUUUCGUGAACGUUAUAAUAUGGUAUUAAUUGACCGUUCGUUUCUAAGAAUAAAUAUUAUUUGCUAUACAAUUUUUUAUUGUAACAUUUCUUAAGAAAAUUAUGGAGAAAGGUUGGUAAGCCUUAAUACGUAUACAAGAAAAUAAGAACGUAAAUACCUCAGCUUAGAAGCACAUCACGUAAGGUAAUUUAGGCAGUAGGCCUAUUCGCGUGCUUUACACACCUGUGCUGCAUCUCUACACGUGACGUGGGUUUAUUAUUUGGGAAUUAGGUAAAAUGGCGGCGUGAUGUGUCGCUUCAUUUUGUUUUUGUCAUCAGUAUGCGCCGGGGACGCGUGCUACAAACAGUUAUUCAUAUGAAACAGCCGUUAAUUCCAAUUCGUUGCGACCACGGAUUAGCGACGAUCCCAACUACCCGCUUCGUGUCAUACAAUCAAUAUUUACCUGUUAAUGUUGAUGUAAUAACGUAAUAAAAAAUCAAGUUUAUUCUAUCUAUAAGUAUUGACGCUUGUUUUGAUAGUGUAAGUGGAAUGUUUGUACGACAUUUUCUAUUUUAUGCAAAUGUUUUAAACGAAUAGUUACAAUUGUUAAGUUUUCAAUACAAUCAAUCAAUGAAUUAAUAAUUAUCGGUAUGUACACGUUAUAAACAAAUUAAAAUUGUUAUUUUCCGGGACCACGUGGCGGUAUUCAAAACUAAAAUAUUCAUAUUCACUUAAAAGAUGAUUGUCCUUAAACGAGUAAUGGAUAUUAGCGACCUUAAUACCUUUAUGGAAUAAUCCCUGUGUUAUUUUAAGUGGAAGGCGUGCUUCGAAUAAUACAUAGAUACGUUAUCUACGUUAGAUUUUGAAUCUUAUUGUUGAAGCAAUACGAUGUACAAUAAUGUCGUAGUGUUGUAGAUGGGUUACGAGUUCCGUUGAAAUAAACGUGCCGCUUGCGCUCUUUUUAUAUGAAAAUAAUUAAUGUAAUAUUUGUUUAAGUGUUACUGUUGUACGAAAUGGUAGUAAAAUCCCAAUAAAAACAUCGACGUUGAUCCUUGGUGCUUUAAAAAAAUCAAAUUAAAUAGUUUGUAAAACUACUGCAGUUUCGUAUCUGGGAGAUAUGGAUGCUGGAUAAGAAUUAGUUUCUUUCGAUAGUGAUAGCAGCAGUUUUUCUUAUCUUGUAAUUAAUUAUAAUUGUCGAUGGAUUUGUUAGGAAAGAUGGGCUUUGUGUUUGUCCUCUGCUUGAGUUUCGUCCGUCUGUAUAUCGUCGAGUCUACGUUGUCGUAAUAUUCCAUAAGAGCUUAAAAGCCGGGUCUUGCCUGUUACACGUCAGACCUCAAGCGAUCGUUCUGUGCGAUUUCCUAUAGUUUUAAAUUAGGUAUGUAAGUGUAAACCCGGAUAUUGCUUUUCCAACUUUGAAGUAGAGUCGAUACGAAAUGAAACUUUACGAGCUUUCCAAAGUGCACACAACGUUUGUUGUUUCAGUUUGUAGUGUGCAUAGAAUCUAACCACAGCGCUCCCGCUGGCUAAAAUGUAAACUAGUUUAUAUUGUACUCUGUAAAGAACCGAGUCCAGUUUAUAAUAAAAUUCAGUUCGUAUCGAUCCUCUUCCGAUCGGUAAGUUUGAUAAUUUAGGCCGAAUUGCACAGUUACGUCAGAGAUUAUGUAAAAAAUAUAAAACGCAGCUGUCAGUGUGUGGGUGCUUUACGUAAUGCCAUUGUUUUAGCUUAUUUUAUUAUAUUAAAAAUUAAGUUUUAUCCGCCAAUAUUAUACGUAGGUGUAAUAUCGCAAAGCAUGCAAGCUAAGGCCUUCUGCACUGUAACAACAAGUUUUGUAAAUUAUCCCGACAUUUUAUUACCUAAUUUUUAUAAUUAGGUGGUAAUAGUAAAUAGGGCACGACUACAGACGCGUCUGUGUGACGUGUGUUAAUUGAAUCGGUACACCCGCGGUCGAUGUCUAAUGUCGUAUGUUUCACCUCUAAUGCCGCCAUUCACAGUGAUAAACUACAAACACAAACAUACAUUUAGAUAAAUGACGUCAUUUACUGAGUGCACCACGUAAUUAAAUUGCAAUUCCUCUGAACUACACUUCUAAUGAAUUAUACUAAUUGAAAAACAUAUUAAUAAUUACAAACUGUCGACUUAGACAUUGACCGGACCCUAGAAUAAGACUGAAAUCACAGAUAAAUAAUAUUUUGAAAUUAAAUCAUUUUAAAAAUCAAAUGUAAAAUGGUUGGUUGGGUAAGGAUAAGUGCAUACGGCCCGCUAACUUGUAAGCAAGCGUUUAAAGAAAUCUGAAUAGUUAUUAAGUUUGAAUGGAUUCCGACUAACUUGUGUAGCUUAUCGGCGAAAUAUAUUAAAAACUAUGUUGAUAUUAUAAUGAAUUUAACGAAAUUAUGUAUAUAGGUAUAUAGAAUUUUAAUGUAGAUGUUUUUAAUUGUAUAAAACUGUUAGUGUAAUAUUUUAUGAUGUACGAUUAAUUUGACGGCGCUGUCCAGUGAGACGUAGUAUUGUACUGUAAAGAAAUUACGAGAUGCGCUUAAAUAAAAGCAUAACACAAUUUGCAAGCUGUACAAGUAGGUACGUCAACCAAUUUUGAUCUCUAUUGCUUUCAACUUAAUAGUUGGUUUGGCAAAAUAAUGUUUUCCUUUUUUUAAGUCUAUGACAUAAAUCUCGGAAUUGGUUGAUGUAACUGCAAAAAGUUGUCGAAUGUGUAGUGUUAUUUAGUCCAGGCGUUUUUAUGAACAUUACGUGUCAAUGGUCAGUGCCGUCCUUAGUAAUACUUGCCUUCAUAAUUUUGUUUAAGUUUUGACUGACUGAUUUAAAUGUUCACGUGUUAUAGUUUAUAGUGACUUUUUUACACUCCAUGCAUUUUUUUAAGUCAAUGCAAAUAUUUUUUUAAACUAUUUAGGUACAACAAUCAAUAGUCAACUACAUAUUUUUAAGAUGGAUUAGUGUAAUUUGUUUUAUUGAUAACGAUGUUUAAGUCAUUAAUUUAUUUGCAGCGAAUAUUUACAGUAGACAUGUUUGUUACUAUAGAAGUAUGUUGUUUAUCCUGAAUCGAAUCCGUGUAAAGCACUAAUCCGUCUCAUAGGUGUAAUGUGUAAAUAUAAAGUCGGUAUACUGUAACUGUUCACUGGAUUGUAUCACGUUGUCAUUUAUACGUACGUUUGUUGUAUGAUGGAUUUUACAUGUUACGAUGUAUGGUAUAUGCAUUCAUUAAUUAUAUGUAUAAUGAAAUUUUAAAUAUCAACAACUA